AUGCCUGCUUUAAUUACUGCAAUUAGAGCUGACUCAAUUUCACGGUAUGUUGGCUUAGCUGGUAUAGCUUGGGUAGAUAUUUUUAUAUUUUGUAAAGUUUUUUUUAAUUUAACUUAUUUAUACUUAAUAAAAAUGAUUGGAGAAUAUACUUGUGAAUAUUUACAUAAUACAGGAAAGCCUUGUGGUCGUCCUUGUAUGAGGCCAGAAGGUUGUCACAUUUAUUGGAAGACAAAAUCACGUUUUCCUUGUGCUGUAUGUGGUAAACCUACAGGUUCAUCUAGUGGUCGAUGUCAAUCUCAUAUUGGAAGUUAUUAUCAAAAUCGGUAUGAAAAAAGGCUUUGUCAAAGAAUCAAAGCAAUCUCAGUUUUAUCUGAGUCUGAACCUAGUUCGAUCCAAGUUUGA